CCUCUCUCUCUCCACACACAAACAAAACACAGUCACACACCCGUUUUCACAUAUGGGGCUCCUUUCAAUGGCAAUGGCAAAGGCAAAAGCCAAAGCCACAGCCACCACCACCCACACCACCGACAUGGGUCUUCUCUUAGUCUUCUUCCCUCAGAACCACAAUGCCCCCAACACAAACACCUCCUUCAAGAGAACCAACUCUAACAACCUUAUUCUCUCCAAGACCCAAUCAACUAUCUCCAUAUGCGCACUCCUCUUCUUCCUUACUCUCCUUCUCUUCACGCUCUCCACAUUUGAACCCACUAACACACUUCAUCGUAACAACAACAAUAGCAACCACCAUCCAACUAAACUCGUCCAAUCUAAAACCCAAAACCACAAUAAUUGGUUUUUACCAAAGCGCUUCUGGCCAAACACGCCCUUCAAAUCACAACAUUCACAUUCUCCCUCCAAGGCACUUCAGAGAAUGGGCACCUUAUACCGUAGAGGAACAAGAGCAAUGACCGAUCUAGUUAUCUGCCACGUGGCCGACGAAACCACCGUCCACGAAUUCCGUUAUUUUCUCAGAUUAAUCCACCGCUCAGGACUCACUGCAAGAAGCGACGUCGUUUUUCUCUUCAGUUCUCGUUCUCUGUCCUCCUCCUUCGCGCCGGUUAUUCGCGAAGAGAACGAAGCUUUCUCCUCGCUUGUUGAGCUGCACUCUGAGUUGAACUCGACUCGAUGGAGCCAGUUGAAGCACGGGAAGAAGAACAACGACGCGAGUCGGACGAGCCAGCGCCAGGUCAACCCUGCCGUCGUGAUGGGCGGCGCUCGCGGCGUCCGGCGGUUAGCAAAUGCGGUUGUGGUGGAGAUCGUGCGGGCAGCGAUGCAGCAAAGGAAGAGGAAGAAUUCAGUAUCCGAGUCAGCGAUACUGAGUCAACUCACCGGCGGGAACGAGAUCAUGUUGAAGGGAAAAGGCGUUGAGUUAAUGGAGCCGAGCGAGUCGAUCCCUGAUGCGAGUCAACUCAGUGGGCGAAACUCGGGCGCGUCGCUUUCAGAUUAUGCAAUAAUUCAACGCGGGACAACGAGUAAUCAUGAUUUAAUUAAUUCUGUUAUUAAAAAGCAAAUUUGUUCUUCUGUGGUUGAUUCUUCUGUCUAUAGAGAUUGUUAGCAAUUACUUAGCUUAAAAAAAUAAAAAAAAUAAAACACUUAGUGCACACACAAAUUUUCACAUUGUUGUUGUCAUUAGAAUUAUUAA